AAAAAAUUUGACAGUUUCAUGAUCCGCAAAGAUGGAUGAGAGAGCGAGCGCCGCCAUAUUUAUCCAAGGCUACAUUUGCUGCUUCCAAGUUGAAUGAUUCAAGAUGGGAUUCAGAUUAUGAGAAACUGUGAAAGCCUCCACCAAAUCAUGGCUUUCUGCCCUGCACUAAGCCUACUCCUAACUAUACAACUUAUCCUGAAUAGCGAGGUUACAAAUGGAGGUCUCAACCAAAUGCAUACCGGGAUAUGUGAUAUGGUAGCUGUAGCUCGCACCAUAAACGCCACUCAUGUAAUUCCGGAACUUGACAAGAAAUCAUUUUGGCAGGACGAUAGGUUAUUCGGAACUUCCAAAACUGAUUCUCGGUGGGCAAAUAACAAACUACCUUCGGAUAUUCAGAAGUUUCGUUGCCGAACUUGUUUUGAAGCUCUUCGUUUCUCUUCUCGAAUUGAACAAAUGGGAAAGAUUUUGGUGGAGAGGAUAAGAUCAUUUGGUCAUUAUAUUUAGGCUAUGAGAAGGACAUGAUUGCAUUUAGUGUUGGCUAGUUGAACAUAUCAUUUAUCUACAGCGAAGCUGAAUGAAAGCGCACUGCAUAUUGGAAGAGGAAGUACAUUGAUCCUAUUGAAGAAAGGUCAAAAGGACUUUGCCCCUUUAACUCCAAAAGAUGUUGGAAUUUUUAUUACUGCUCUAGGAUACCCUUCAAGUACUCCAAUAUACAUUUCU